GCCGGUAAGGCACUGGGUCCGGACCCUGGCGUCCUGUGCGCCCAGGUUCAGCCCUGCCCGCCUUCUCAGGGGCUUCCAUUCAUUCUGGGCCAAAAGGGAACUGCCGCCCCCGCUUCCAAACUGUCGUAGUUUCCCAGAUGGAUUGUUCGGAGGAGGCGGUCCUGGAGUGAAGGGACCACCUGGCUGACAGCCCUAGAGAUGGAGGCGAGAAGGGACAGACAUGAACAGUUCUGGGCCUGGGAACGUCCUCAGGCGAGGGUCUGGGGACCCUGAAUGAAAUUUUGGUGUUUACAGAGUGACUGUCCGGGUACACGGAAUAAAAUUCUGGAGGGCGUAGAGGGAGGGUCCGGAAGCCCCGGGAUUAGGUGGGGUCCAGGUGCCCAGGAUGACUUUCUGGGAGGCGCAGAGUGUGGAGGCCCCGGCAUUUAGAUGUGGGUGCACAGGAUGGAAUUCUAGGAGCCCAGAUUAGCGUCCAGGUGCACAGGAUGACAUUCUGGGGUGCGCAAAGUGAGGGCCUGGGGGUUCCCCUGGUUGAGUCUGGGGGCCUGGCAUCAAGGCCAUGCCCCCAGGAUCGGGCGCUAGGGGGACCCUGGCCCUGUGCCGGGAGGCGGCUCCGGGCAGCGCCGCGGGGGACCGGGUGGGGGCCUGCGGCUGGCCGGGGGCGGAGAAGCGGGGGGUCGGGGUCCCUCCCCCUGGCGCGGGCUCAGGAAUCCGCCGAGGGGCGGGCGGAGGCGCCGGGGUGGGCCGCGCCGCGGCGGGCGGGCGGGCGGGGGGCGCUUCCUGGGGCCGCGCGUCCAGGGAGCUGCGGCGUCCGCCCGUCCGUCUGCCCGCAGGCACUGCCCGAACCAGCCGAGCCUCCGGAGACCCGGGCCGCGGGGGCGUCGCGGGCUCAAGAAUGCACAGAUGGCUAUGAGUGGGACCCCGACAGCCAGCACUGCCGGGAUGUCAACGAGUGCCUGACCAUCCCCGAGGCCUGCAAGGGGGAGAUGAAAUGCAUCAACCACUAUGGGGGCUACCUGUGCCUGCCCCGCUCAGCCGCUGUCAUCAAUGACCUUCACGGCGAGGGACCACCACCACCAGUGCCCCCUGCUGAACAUCCCAACCCCUGCCUACCAGGCUAUGAACCUGAUGAGCAAGCGCGCUGUGUGGACGUGGACGAGUGUGCCCAGGCCCUGCAUGACUGCCGCCCCAGCCAGGAGUGCCAUAACCUACCUGGCUCCUACCAGUGCACCUGCCCUGAUGGCUACCGAAAGAUUGGGCCCGAAUGUGUAGAUAUCGAUGAGUGCCGUUACCGCUAUUGCCAGCACCGCUGUGUCAACCUGCCCGGCUCCUUUCGCUGCCAGUGUGAGCCGGGAUUCCAGCUGGGGCCCAACAACCGCUCCUGUGUAGAUGUGAACGAAUGCGACAUGGGGGCUCCGUGUGAGCAGCGCUGCUUCAAUUCCUAUGGGACCUUCCUGUGUCGCUGCCACCAGGGCUACGAGCUGCAUCGGGAUGGUUUUUCCUGCAAUGAUAUCGAUGAGUGCAGCUACUCCAGUUACCUCUGCCAGUACCGCUGUGUCAACGAACCCGGCCGUUUCUCCUGUCAUUGCCCGCAGGGCUACCAGCUUCUGGCCACGCGUCUCUGCCAAGACAUUGAUGAGUGCGAGUCGGGCACACACCAGUGCUCUGAGGCCCAAACCUGUGUCAACUUCCAUGGGGGCUACCGCUGCGUGGACACCAACCGCUGCGUGGAGCCCUACGUCCAGGUGUCGGACAAUCGCUGCCUCUGUCCGGCCUCCAACCCCCUGUGCCGGGAGCAGCCCUCGUCCAUCGUACACCGCUACAUGAGCAUCACCUCGGAGCGGAGCGUGCCCGCCGAUGUGUUCCAGAUCCAAGCGACCUCUGUCUACCCUGGCGCCUACAAUGCCUUUCAGAUCCGUGCGGGAAACUCGCAGGGGGACUUCUACAUUAGGCAAAUCAACAAUGUCAGCGCCAUGCUGGUCCUCGCCCGGCCUGUGACAGGCCCCCGGGAGUACGUGCUGGACCUCGAGAUGGUCACCAUGAACUCCCUCAUGAGCUACCGGGCCAGCUCUGUACUGAGACUCACCGUCUUCGUGGGGGCCUACACUUUCUGAGGUGUGGGUGGGGAGCCCUCAGGGAGGGAGAGGUUUCCUGUAGCCGAAGAGCCGGGGGCUCAGGGAUGACUGUGUUCGGCUAAAAGGGAAGAUGCUGUUGUGAAGAGUAGAAAGAGAAAGGCAAUAAAGGGAGAAAGAAGGA